AUGAUUGCAAGCUGCAUCACCCAGGACCUGAGCGGGUCUUUGCCGAAAUGCGGUGCUAUUAUUGGAUCAUCCGUGGCCUUGAAGCCAUUCGUCGGCACCAGCAUGGGUGUCCAGAGUGUCAGCACGGAUACCCUAGCGUACAAGCACCGACCUGUUGUAUAUGAAACUCCCACCCUCAGGAACAUCUACAAGGUCCUAGCCACUCAAUAUGACCCUCUUGGACUUCUUUUGCCCUACACCACUCGAGCCAAGGUCAUAAUUAGACAACUAUGGAAUAAGCAGCGGGGUUGGGAUGAUCCAAACUUACCACCUGAACUCUUGCAGUCCUGGCGCGUCUGGGAGAAUGAACUUCAGUACCUGCCAAGCAUCACCCUCCCUAGGACUUAUGUCCCUCCUGAGGUGGAGAAGGAUGGUGCCAUACAUGAAGUCCACAUAUUUUCAGAUGCUUCAGAACAGGCAUAUGGAGCUGUGGCAUACAUGAGGACCACUGACAAAGGAGGCCAAGUGUACCUGUCUUUUAUGGUAGCUCGAUCCCGAGUGGCCCCCAAACGUUCUCAUUCCAUUCCUCGAUUGGAACUUUGUGGAGCUCUUGUGGCCGCUCAGUUAGCUAGAUUGCUUCAGAGGGAACUGACCUUGCAGAUUGAGACCACGGUGUUAUGGACGGACUCUUCCACUGUCCUUACCUGGCUGACCUCUGAAUCCUGCCACUACAAAGUUUUUGUUGGCAAUAGAGUCGCCGAAAUCCAGGAGCUAACAGAAAAGUGUUCCUGGCGCUAUGUGGCUUCGGCGAGCAAUCCUGCAGAUGACCUCACUAGAGGCAAACCUCUGAAUGUCCUUACAGGGACCAACAGAUGGUCUCAAGGACCUCCCUUUUUACUCCAAGAUUCAGCUACCUGGCCAGUGAUGCCAAGAACAGACCUGACAGAUGACCCCACAGAAAUAAGGAAGUCUGCCUUCUGCGGAGCCACAGCAGUACCACCCCAAUCCAUUAUCUUUGAUUCUCGGAAUCAUGAGACCUGGCAAGAACUCUUGUAUAUCACUGCUAAGCGAGUACAGCAGGAGUCUUUCCCCAAUGACUAUCAACAUUUGGAGAAAGGGAAACCAGUGUCUUCGGACAAGCAUCACAUGACGCAAAGUUUGUCUGCUCCUGUUAUUGUUCACUAUGUUUACUACAUAUACUCUUCAGUGGAUGAACAGAGAGAACUCACAGCACGUCUAUCCUCUUACAAGAAGAAGAUUUGA